AUGUCCACAGCCUUCUCUUACCAAGACUGCAUCGCCCAGGUGGAUGAGUACCUCUCCUCUGCGUCGGUAAGCGACGACGAGCCCGCGUUGGCGCUUCACUGGGAGCAAAACGCGCUCUCGCAGUUCGUCGACGCCGCUAACGCCGUGGACGCCAGCGUGGACAUGCCCGAGUGGCUGUCGCAGCCUCGAGGCAGCAUCACAGCUGACUCGCUAGUCGACGACAUGAUGACGUUCUUGGCCACGAAAGCUGGCGGACGCUUUGGUCGCGUCCUGCUCGCCCCUAACAGCGUCGUGCAGUUCGGCCAGCUCUGCGGCAUGUUCGCGUACAUCGAGAACGACGCGUUCGUGCGCGCGGCGGCUGCGGGAAUGAGCAACGGGGCGACACUGGCCAAGGUUUUCUGUCUGACGAAGGGCAGCGCAUCUGCUGCAGUGCCCAUGGAGUUUCCCCCGCGCGAGAACCAGAGCCGACGCCUCUUUUCAUGA